AUGAGUGAGAUAAUAGUCAAAAGAAGAGAAUAAUUUAGAACAGAAAUUCGUAAAUAAAAUCUCGAAAAAGAAUUUAGUAAGAAGAGAUUUGAAAAGUGCAAUUUAAUUCAGGAUCUAAAUGAGUGCAACAAUUUAAUCGACUUUGAACUUAAAUACAAAGAUCAAAUCGAGAAUCAGAUUUAGCUCAUUCUUCAAAAUCCAGACAACUAAAAUAUAGAAAAACUCAUAUAAUUGGUAUAGCAAUUAAGUGCAAAAUACAGUGUCUACAUUAUAGAUCAUAAUAUUUACAACACAUUGAAACACAAUGAUUUAGACCUUAAUUUGUGUUUGCGCUUAAUGUGCAAUUUAUGUGUUGAACCAGCAGUAGUUAAGCAUAUCUUCUCUGAUCAGAUAUAAAAAGAGAGACUAACGUAAUACUUAAACUUAAUCAGCGGCAACUUAUUUGAGGAACAUAGAAGACUAUAUUGGGAAUUUAUGCUUAUUCUUUCAAAUUCAGCACAUACCCCUUUUCCAUUUCUGAAAUAAGUGUUCUUGAUCUGUUGUGAAGAAUUGACUUAAUGCAGAAAUAGCACUACUUAAAUGUAAAUCCGCAUUCUCCCAUAUUUAAUUCAAAAAUAUCCAUAAGCUAAUUAAUUUUAUUGGGAAGCUCUGAAUUCCGCCAACUCUGAGGAUAGAAAGCCUUGGAAAUGCUUACUGCAUUUUCUUAAGCAACCCAACUCAGAUGUUUUUUGUUGUGAUUAAUUAUUACUAGCAAUACAUUAUUUAGUUUAAAAUGCAAUUUAAAAAAUGUACUAUGAAUAAAUUGUGACUUCAGAAUUAAUGUUUGUUCUUCAAAGCAAUUUGUAUAGACACGAAAAAACUAUGGUUAGGUCUACUAAAUUAAUGUUCAUUAUUUUUGAAGAAAAUGACACUUACUUUAAAUUUAUAAAUGAUGAUUUAAUAAAAUUACUUAAAAUUACUUUCAUAGAUGGAUAAAUUGAAAUACUCAAACUUUUAGAAAUAGUGCUUCGCAAAAGAUAACAUUUUUUGCAGCUUAUGGAUUAAUAUCAUUUAUUAGAUAUGCUAUUUGAGAUUCUACGGUAGAAUAUAUCCACAACCAUGAACUAUGCAGCCUUAAAUUGCAUCGCUUUAUCCUUAUUUUAAUGUACUGAGAUUGAUAAAUAUUAAAAAUAUAUCCAAAUGCAAAGUUCCACUUUUAAAGACAUUUUAGAUAGAUUUGUUUAUGAUACAAAUAAAUCUGUCUAAUAAACUACUGAAUAUCUCUUAAGAGCAUACUUUGAGAAAUGA